CCUCUUUGACCCUCAUUGCUUUGAAAUAUAAAAUAAAUUCAAUAUGAAUGUGUUCUAACUAAAUUCCGUGGCAAGGACUACCAAAGGAUUUAUACAUUAUUAAAAAAUAUAUCAACUAAAUUAACUAGAUUUCUGGUUCGAACUCUUUGACAAAACUGUCCACCUUAAAAAAAUUGAAAAAUAAACAAAAAAGAAGUGAAUUUAGUGAUAAGCCCAGAGUAAAACAAGAACAUUAACAAUAAUAACAAUAAAAUCUUGAUUUUCCACUAUAUUGGCGAUUAUUAAGAAUACAAGGGGACAUGUGCUCAUGUUCUUUAAAAAAUAUGUGCUGAGAAAAUGUUUGCUCUUUAGUGAUACAAAGAAGUGAAAUAAAAAAAAUUAUACAUACAUACAUGACAAUAUAAUUGAUUAAAUGGAAUAUGUACAUCGCCCUGUGUUGAUUAUUUGAAGAUUUCAGUUCAGUUGGUUGGUGUGAUUAAUGUACCUUUCGAUCUCAUUUUAGUUUGCUGGUGUUUCAUUCGGAAAUAAGGCGUUCUUUGACGACGACGUCAAGAACCUCUAAAAUAAAGACUUUAAACGAAUUACGAAGUGAUCAACUAAUUAUUACCAAACAAAUAUAAGAAAGUUCAAUACCCACCCAUUAUCCCAUCAAACAAUUGUCGUCAAAAUGCAGGCCUUUCGUUGGGGCCUAGUGGGAGUUGCACUGUUGGCUGUCGUUUGUGCGAAUGCAGCAACAAUUGGCUCCUCAAACGAUGAAAAUGUGGAAUUUAUUGACGACAUUCAGAGAUUAAAAAGAAGCAAUAGAGGCUAUAUGCGAGGUCAAACUCAGUCGCAGUACUUAAAUUUCGGUAAACCUGAACAGGAUGGCAAAGCUGAGGCAGAAGCUAAUGAAAGUGGCUCCCGAUCAACAGUAUCCGGAAGUCACGGUAUGGGUCAGGCUCAGAGUCAAUUCUCUGUAGGCGAUUGCGGAGAAUGUGCGGGAAGCACUGUUUAUGAUUAUAAUGCUGGCUCACCUGAUCCUUUGAUUUACGGUGGAGGCAUAGGAGGAGCUGGAUAUCAACCCUCAACUACCUACACAGAUGGUACACCAUCUUCUCUUAUUGGUAAACCUGGUGGUGGACAGUUCGAUACUCAAGGACAAAUCAUUUCACCCGGACCACAAGGACAAUAUGGACAGCCAGGUGCAACAUAUGGACCUGGUGCUACAGGUGCUGACCUUGGUGGAGCUGGACAACAAGGCGUUGGUGGACAACAAGAUUUUGGAGCAGCACAGCCUUCGGCUGGGCAAACUCCACAAGAUCUAGUUGGUGGUCAACAAGGUUAUGUCCCAAUCGGAGCAGGACAACAAGGAGCUGGUCAGCCCGGUUUUGAAUUGGGUCAACAGGGAUUGGAACAGCCAACAUCAGCACAGCCCGGCUACGGCACAACAUAUGAUCAACAAGGAGCUGGUCAACCUGGCUAUGGCCAACAAGGUGUAGGACAACAGCCCGGCUAUGGAGGAGGUGUUGGUCAGCCAUCGGGACAACAGGGUGCUGGACAGCCAGGUUAUGGUGGUGUUACUCAACCUACAGGACAACAAGGGUCGGGACAACCCGGCUUUGGACAACAGCCAGGUUAUGGUGGCGCUGCUCAACCAACUGGACAACAGGGUGUUGCUCAACCAGGCUUUGGACAGCAACCCAUUUAUGGAGGCACUGUUCAACCGACUGGACAACAAGGUGUUACACAGCCAGGAUAUAGUGGUGCUGCUCAACCAACAGGACAACAAGGUUCCGGUCAGCCAGGAUUUGGUGGUGUUGGCCAACCAACAGGUCAACAAGGUUUUGCUCAACAACCAGGGUAUGGUGGAGCAACUCAACCUUCAGGACAACAAGGCUUUGGUCAACAGCCGGGAUAUGGAGGUGUUGCUCAGCCAACAGGACAACAAGGCACAGGUCAACCAGGGUAUGGUCAACAGCCCGGUGUAGCUCAACCUGGACAGCAAGGCACGGGUCAACCAGGUUACGGUCAACAACAAGGUGUUGGUCAACCAGGUUUUGGCCAGCAAGGUACAGGUCAACCUGGUUUCGGACAACAACCGGGAGUAGUACAACCGGGAUAUGGUGGAAUUGGUCAACCUGGUGUUGGGCAGCCACAUGGCACUGGACAACAAGGAAUCACCCAACCAGGAUACGGAGGUGUUGGUCAAACAGGUUAUGGUCAGCAGCAAGGAACAGGACAACAAGGAUUAUCUCAACCUGGUUACGGUUCUCAAGGUGUAACGCAACCUGGUUAUGGUCAACAGGGACCUUCAGGUUUUGGUCAACCUGGACAACAACAAGGUGUUGGGCAAGUUAGUGGCGUACAACCAUCAGGAAGCCAACCAGGCUAUGGCCAACAAAGACCAGGAUUUGGACAGACUCAACCUGGCGUUGGCCAACAAUUGUAUGGUCAGCCAGGUCAAGUGGGACAGCCUGGAAUUGGCCAACAAGGCUACGGAACACCUCAACAACCAGGAUUUGGUGCUGGCGCAGUCAGACCGGGCUUUGGCACACAAGGUGUUGGUCAACAAGGAAGACCAGGUUAUGGACAACCUGUUCAACAAGUUUCUGGUGGUAGACCAGGCUUAGUUCAACCCGGACAGCCUUCUGCUGGAAUGGGUAGACCAACACUCCCCUCACAAGGUGUAUCUAGACCUGGAUUUGGACAAGGUCAGGGAAGACCAGGUUAUGCUCAACCUCAAGGUCCCGGAAUUGGUCAAUUUGGUGUUGGAGGACUCCAACCUGGAGCUGGUCAACAGUACGUACCAGGACAACAACUCAGACAACCAGGAGUUGUUCCUCAACAAACUGGAACUGGCGCUGGUGUCGCACCAUCUUAUGGCCAACCAAGCUCAGGAAGAAGACCAACAACAACUCAACCGGGCUUUGGACCUCAACAAAUUGUACAACAAAGACCAGGUCAACCUGGCUAUGGUGUGCAACAAGGUGUAGGUGGCCAACAAAGACCAGGUCAACAACAAGGGGCUGGUGUUCAACCAGGAUAUGGUACUGGUGUUUUCCCAACAGGAACCGGAACCGGCCUACAACCUGGAGUCGGAGCAGUUGGUCAACAAGGAACUGGCGUUGGUGCUGGCAUGCAAACUGGAGUUGGAGUUCAACAGGGAAUGGGAGCGGGUUAUCAACAAGGUGUUGGAACUCAAACUGGUUAUCAACCAGUAACUGGCGUAGGUUACCAACCUGGAACUGGUACUGGCACUCAAACCGGAACUGGUGGUGUUUAUCGUCCAGGAACUGGCGUACAGCCAGGAGGCGGAGUUGGUUAUCAACCAGUAACUGGAGGCGCAGGUUAUCAACCUGGUACCGGAGUUCAACAAGGAACUGGAUAUCCAACUGGAGCCGGAGUACAACAAGGACCUGAAACAACUGGAUAUCCUUCUGGAGCUGGAGUUCAACCAGGUACUGGCGUUCAACCAGGAACUGGUGCUGCCAGAUAUCCAACAGGAGCUGGAGUUCAACCAGGCGCUGGCGCUACUUAUCCAACAGGAGCUGGCAUGGGUGUUGGAGGCGGAGUUCUACCAGGAACUGGUUCUGGUGGAUAUCCAACAGGAGCUGGAGUACAAUCAGGAACUGGAGUUCAACAAGGCACAGUGUCUACCGGAUAUCCAACUGGAGCAGGAGUUCAACCUAGCACUGGCGCCGCUUACCCAACAGGAAGUGGAAUGGGAGUUGGAGGCGGAGUUCAACCAGGAUCAGGUUCUGCUAGAUAUCCAACGGGAACCGGAGUCCAAUCAGGAAUUGGUGCUCAACAAGGAACUGGGGCUGCUGGAUACCCAACUGGAGCCGGAGUUGGACAAGGUGCAGGAGCUGGAUAUCAACCUGGAACUGGUGUUCAACCUGGCACUGGAGCUGGUUAUCCAACUGGAACGCAACAAGGUGCUGGUUACCAACCUGGCACAGGAGGUCAGCCCGGUACAGGAGCUGCUUAUCAAACUCGUCCUGGAGGAUCUGUUGGUCCCGGAGUUGGUGUUCAGCCAGGCGGUGCCGGCAGUGGAUAUCAACCAGGUACAGGUGUUCAACCUGGAGCCUCCACUGGUUAUCAAGUUGGACCAGGUGCUCCUUCUGGUACUGGUGUUGGUUACCAACCUGGUGUUUAUGGCCCAACUGGAGGUGUUGGUCAAGGCGGCGUCGGCGUCGGUCCAGCAUAUGGCGGACAAGGACCUCAGCAAAUAGUUCAACCAGGAUCGGCAUUUGGCACUGGAGCUCAAACAACCGGAGACUUAUCUGGUGUUCUGGCUUCCGGUUCAGUCGGUGCUGAUGAUGCAUUCUCCCAAGCUGAAUCCUCGAUCAGCAAUGGUCAGGCUGCGGCCAGUGCUCAAGGCAAGAAGAACGGUGGUACUGCCAAGACACAAGUUCAAGGUACUUACAGUUCCACUGGUUCCUUCAGUGCCAGCGCUAUGACCUCGGACAAUGACCGCUCUGCCAGCUCUCAAGUCACCGGUAGUGCAGAAGGUGCCAUGAGUCAGUCACAAGGUCAAGGUGGUGCCGCCCAGUCUCAGGCUCAAGUACAAGUCAAUGAGAAAGAUGGUGGAACCAAGGCUUCUUCACAGAGCGGUGGAUUAAUCCAUCAAAGCCAAAGCGAGGUCCAAGCCAAUGACAAGGGUGGCCUAGCCGAUGCUCAGUCCAGUGGACCCGGACAAACAUCAUCACAGGCUCAAAUUGGUUUCCGUCCUGGACAAGAUGAUGAAAUUGUUCAAUCAACAGGAGGCGGUCAGGCUUCUGCUCAAUCUGGUUCUCAUUCCGGCCAAAGUCAAUCUCAGAUUCAAGGCACAUCCAAAUUUGGUGUUUCUUAUCAUGGAGCCGCUCAAUCUGCUUCUGGAACCAAGGAACAAGUAGCCACCUACCGCGAACAAAACAGGGAACUUUUCAAUACCAUCAGCCAGUUUGGAAACACUGAAGCAGUAACUGAUCGUGUCGACACCAUGUACAAUCCCCAAACUGCUCUCACUUCAGAAUCUGAUGCCAUACCCGAUUUACAAUUGAAAUCAGGACAGACCCCUAAAGAAGCCGUCAAUGCAAAUAAAGUAGAUGAAGAAAAUGCCGUAUUUAAACCCAAAUCCCCCAGUAAUGCUGCUCCAUUCAACAAACUAGACGAUGAUUCCAAUUUACCCGAAGAAGACGAAUAUGAAGAUGAAUACGAGGAAGAAGAAUAUAACGACAGUGAGACCCCCAUCAGCAUGGAAGAAGACGAAUCAAAAACUGCCAAUGCAGCCAAAUCACAAGUUAAGAAACCAUACAUUCCUUCGCCAUACGUCACCCACACCCAAUCAUCACCCACACAAACACAACAAGUAGCCGUACCAAAGUCCACAAAGAAAUAUAAUGUAGAACAAAAUCAAAAUGGUCGCGUUCAUACCUAUCCCAUGCGUUCAACCACAGAGAUCGUUCCCAGUGGCUUCCGUGGAUCCGUCAACGUUGAAAAGAAAUUCCAUACCAAAUCGUUGGAGCCUCAUAAGACCGAGAAUAAGGUGAAUAUUACAGCCGAUGAAAAGAACUCCGACUCCAAGGCACCCCGCAAGCCCGACAGCUAUGUAACUGUAACCAAAUCCGUAACUGGUAGCAUGGACAAUUCAAAGAGUCCUCCGGAAAACAAUAAGAACUUCGAAUCCACCUACUACACGAAAUCCUCCACCUGCGGUUAUUUCACCUUCUCCUGUAACAUUGUUUACGGUGUGAAUGGACGCAGUAAAAUAUGUCGCCCCAAAACCCCCGCCAACGGUAAAUGUUAGGAAUCGAUAGUCUCUAAAUAUAUGUAUCCUAAUUCCACCAUUCAACGUACGUGCCAACAUACGUACGUCAACGUGCCACAUUGUAAUUUAACAACAAUACUCUUUAAGUCCAAUAUUUUUUUCCUAUCGAUUUACACCCAAGUAACAACUAGCCCACUCAUCAUUAAUCAUAACUUUAAGUCUUAACCUCCAAGUACCGUUAUAUAAGUGUAUUUUUUGUAUUCUUAAUUUUUGUUUUAUUCACGCGUGUGUGUGAGUCCUACCACUGCCCAACUCGUUAAUUAAAUUAUUAAUAAGUUAACAUACAACUCGAAUUUCCCCCCUUAACUUUGAACCUCUUUACUUUUUUUCUUUUGUAUUCAAUAUUUUGUUUUUGCAAAAUAAAGUUACGAAUUAAA